AUCUGUGGAGCAAGACGGUACUUUCUGUUUUGGGCCAUGGACAAUGUGGAGGAAUCCCUCUUUUUCCCUCCCGAUCACCAGCCCUUCAACGCCCUUCCCCUCAAUUGCACCCACUUCCGAAGUCCAUUGACGCCCUCUGUGGCCAACCCCCGGAUGAGUCCACCUAACUGGACAUGCAGCCUUUGUCAAUUCCUAGGCUAAAAUCCCAUAGCCGAGAAAGGUUGUGGUGCAGCUGGCAGGCAGGCCUUGUGACCGCCAGAAUGUCCAGGGUUUUUAAGCGACGACCGGAUCUUCUCUCUACUACGUUAGCCGUCCCACGAACACGACGCACUGCCGUGACAAGCACUUCAUGCGUUAGACGCCGGCCUUUCACACAAUCCUACACACACGACGGACCUUUCGCCUCUCCGCCUCCCCGACAUAUCACUCCAGGCUUGCUGAGAUUAUGUCUACAACGGACAGGACAUGCACAAGGCGAAAGCCGUAACGAAUCGGCCGGAUGAUCGUGCUGAUGGUGCAGUGCCGCACCCUGCUGCCAACAAAACCUUCCAAUUUGUAACUGCCUUACCCUCCUCCGAGUCCGAGCGCUCUCAAAACAAAGUCCUCGUCCGGUCCAACGCCUCCAAUUUCCAUUGGCGACGAGUCAAGAAAGACAAGAAACCAGAAUCUCCUCCAGGUCGGCCUGCUCUCAGGCGCCGCUCAACAGGUCAGAGCCAGAGCUCGACGAGACCAUCGCGCAGAGCCCUUGCCCCUUCGAGACCCAAGAAGUCAGAGUCCGGUUCUCCAGAAAGUGAUCGGUCCUCGCCCAAGACCGAGGAUGUGGAGGAGCAAUAUGACCAAGCUAUAGAGUCGCCAACAUACAGCGACGACGUUAUAUCGCUUCCUGAAACCAGCUUGUCGAGCCUGGUGGUAUCAGGACACCAUGAUCCCUUCGAAACAUAUCCUUGCGACUUGCCGAAGGAGUUCGUCAGUCCCGUCCUCGAUCAAAUUACCUCAUUCCUAACUUUGAUGUUUCCGCCCGAACGAGGGCAAACCAUCAGCCCUCUCGCUGGGACUUGGCUUCGCACGACCUUUCGUGACAGGGGUCUCUUCCACGCAUCCCUGUUCUGUCAACUCACGCGGAACCGCGUUUUCUACGCAUCGCCAGCAGAAUCGCGAGAGCAAGUACAAUGCUAUACCGAGACCGUUCGCGGCGUACACCAGAAAUUCGGUGACACGACCAUGAGCUGCGAAGACGAAAACAUCCUGGCCGUCUACGCUCUCUCAUAUCACGGAGAUCUCAGACGUAGUCCUCCCGCCGUCGCCCCAUCUCAAGGGCCCUUAACCACCCUACAACUCCUCCACAUCUACGGCGGACGCCUCGAAACAGUGCCGGUCCAUCUCCAAGGCCUCGCCAAGAUGUUGACUCUACGCGGAGGCUUGUCCAAGAUCCAACUUCCCGGCCUGGCCCAAGCCAUCUCCUUUGGCGACAUAGUCCUCGCCUGUCAAACCCUCGCCAAGCCCAUGGUUCCAUAUGUGCCCAUGCACGACAACGUAGUCGGCUACUUGAACGCAGCAUCGAGAAAGACACACCCACUAGUCGGAUUGGGCAAAGGAUUCCGCGUCCUCCCGGAGAUGCUCAACCACGAAGAAAUCUCGAAGUUGUUGGUGGUCCUGAAGUGGAUGAUCCAAUACACCUUCGCGGUAGACGACCACGUGGAGAAUCGACCCGAAGCCCAAGCCCUCCGUGCACUCAUGGACCAGCGCAACUUCGUCCAGCACAAUCUCAUGCAACUCACGCCCGAUGCUUUCGAGAUCGAGGAAGAACAUCCCAUGUCCCGCCUCGCCCGCUUAGGCACGUUGAUUUACAGCAUGCUCGUCGUCUUCCCGCUCCCACCGGUCGCAGCGCCGUUCCACAGAUUGGCACAGGAUGUCAUGGCGCAAUUAGCCCUGCCCACGGUCCAGAGUCGUUGGUCCGAAGCGUCGGAUCUGCUGCUCUGGGUUACUGUCAUGGGUGCUAUCGCAGCUAUCGGCUCGCCUGAUCGCCAGUGGUAUCUUGUUACUUUGGACCGGCUGACGCGCCGGCUCAAUAUCAAUACCUGGGCUAGCAUGAAGGAGCGGAUGAAGCUGUUCUUGUGGUUCGAGUAUACUAAUGACUCUGAUGGGCUGAAACUCUGGAGAGAGAUUGAGGAGUCGAGUUUGGAUAGAGUGCCGAACGCUGCGAAUGCGAACGCCGACCAUGUAUGAUGCAUUCUAUAUGUGUGGACAUAGAUGGUCUCAGGGCGGAUUGUUCUCAUUUCUACCUUUUGUAAGAGAUUGGAAGCGUGCGCUCUUGUUAGCAUCCCAAGGCAGAGAUAUUUAUAUACCUGAACAUCCAAAACACUUGGGAAACUGCCUUUGAC